CUAAAUUUCUAAUCACUCCUUGAUUGGUUAGAACUUGGAAAUGACAAAUUGGCAACCUUAAAAAGGCGAGGAUAUAAAAAGUGCCAUUCUGAAAAAAUUUAUUUUAGAAUUUUCCAUCUGCCUGAAAAAACUUUCUCUUACCAUGGAAGGUAAGAAGAAGAAAAAUGGAGGUAUGGAAGAAGAAAUUGAUAGCAGAUUAGCGAGGAUGUGCAUUGAAGUAGCUACUGAGAACUUCGAUUCCAUUCAAAAAUGGCGGAUGCAACGCCGAUCUCUCCAACGCCUCCCUUCUCCUCUCGCUUCUGCUCUUCUCCAUCGCCUUUUGCUCCGUCGCCUUCUUUUUCCGUCCUUGCUUGAAGUCUUCAAAUAUAGUGUAGAGGACAUUGAUUUGAGUGGGGAGAACUCAGUGGAUUCAGAGUGGAUGGCGUACAUGGGAGCAUUUUCCUAUUUGCGCUCCCUCAGUGUGGCAGAAUGCUACCGUGUUAAUAACCCUGCACUUUGGCCUCUUGCAGGAAUGACUAGCUUAAAGGAGCUUAACCUUUCGAGAUGUAUGAAGGUCACUGAUGCUGGAAUCAAGCAUCUUUUAUCCAUUCCGCGACUAGAGAAACUUCACCUCUCGCAGACAGGAGUAACUUCUGUUGGUGUUAAGCUUCUAUGCGCACUUCGAAACUUAUCUGUCUUGGACUUGGGUGGUUUACCUAUUUCUGAUCAAGCAUUGAGUUCCCUACAGGCAUUAACAAACCUCGAAUAUCUUGAUAUUUGGGGGAGUAGAAUAACGGAUGAAGGGGCUGCGGUUUUUAAGAACUUCGGCAAGUUGAGUUUCUUGAAUUUAACUUGGACCAACAUCACAAAGUUGCCGACUCUGCAAUCUAUUGUAUGCUUGAACAUGAGUGAAUGCACCAUCCAAUCUAUAAUGGAUGAUGGAAGUGACCAAGUAACCUUAAGAAAGCUGAUUGCCAAUGGGUCAACAUUUCUGGAUGCUGAGAAAGUUCUUUCAAGUAUUAAAUCAAGCCGUGUAUCUUUCUUGAAUCUUUCAAACACCUCUCUAACUCAUUUUGGCUUUCUGUAUCAUAUGGAUGCGUUGGAACUUUUAGAUCUUAGCUUUUGUGCCAUUCAAGAUGAUGCUGUUGAAGCAAUAUCUUGUAUAGGUGCUAAAUUGAGACACAUAAAUCUCAACAACACAAAAGUCGGAAAUGCCGGCAUGGAAACUUUGGCAGGACAUGUCCCUAACCUUGAAGUUUUGUCUUUGUCUCACUCAUCAGUUGAUGAUUAUGCCAUCAUGUACAUUAGUAUGAUGCCAUCCUUGAAGAAGCUUGACUUGAGCCACACAAACAUUAAAGGUUUUAUUCAUCAGAGUGGCAUUGAGGAUGAUUUACCCUCAUUAGCGGCAUUUCAACACCUGAAGCACUUGAAAAGUUUAAAUUUGGACAAGACCCGGGUUUCUGAUCCAGCUAUUUGUGUGCUGCUAGAUUUUGAGGAGUUGAGUCAUUUAUCACUUAACAACACCCUCCUCACAGACAAGUGCUUGGAACAUCUCUCACAAGUCAAAAAGUUGGUGGAAUUGAGUAUUAGAGGUACUUUGCUGACCAAUGGAGCCCUUGAGUUCUUCAAGCCACCAAAACUACUUGAAGUACUUGACUUAGUCGGUUGCUGGCUUUUAACUAUGGAUUCUCUAACAUCUUUUUGUGAGAAGUAUCCUAGUAUUAGAGUAAGACAUGAUCACCUCCCUGUAUCUUCGGUAGACAGUAGCAGCUCAUCCAAAACUGCAACCUCUUCAAAGGUCUCAAAGGCCUCAACAUUGAAACUUAGAGAAAGAAGAUCAUCCGUGUCUCCCGUCAUGUUCAAGAAGGAUGUUAUAGAUCAAAGAAUGAAGUACAGCAUAAAGGAGCUGCUUUCUUUGCAGCACGUAACACCACCACUUGUUCCACCUUUGGACAUAGACAUUAUCUCAUUGCCCAAUAAUGGUUAGUUACACUUACCAGUUAUCACAAAUGUGUUUAUCGUUUCUCUCUCGCUCCAAGAACUGCAUUAUCAAUAUCCGUUAUAAGUUGCUUAUUGUAAGCUUUAUUUUUUUCAUAAUGGAAUCAUGAGUUGUGAGGCUUGGUUGCAUUGUCCUUUUUCUUGUUAGGAAACUAUAACUUAUCAAUGAUGGGGUGUAACCAUAGUUAUUGAUCUUUUUUCAUAUGUUGUCGCAUGGUAAGCAAAACUAGUGUUAUUUGCAU